AUGUCCAUAGAAGUUCAACCACCAACUCCUCCGGACCGGAGCUCUGCGCGCGUCCACAAAGAGAAGCUUAGCAAUUCUCCUCCCGUGGCAUUCAACAUUCGAUCCGCAAGACGAGGGCAUACUCGCUCUUCUUCCUUCGGUGGCUUUGUUUCUCGUCUCUUGCCUUCUCAUCGUCAGGAGAAAGGUCAUACCUUGCGCUCAAAGUUCAAUGACGACGGUGCUCAGGAUCCUGUUGGACUUGUAUUUGACCUUGCAAAUUCCCAAUGUUGCAAGAGCUCAUCAGAGCGCGAACAUAUCAACGGCGAGGUUAAGAAAAGUUGGCUUCCAAGGAAAAUUUCUCAUCCCACGAAGGAUGCUCAGACGCCAAGCGCUCUAGGUGAUCAAUUGCCGCGGGUCUCUGAACAAGUAGGACAGGCUAGAAGGUUUUCACUUGGAGGCAUGGGGGGCAUUCCAGGAAGAGCAGCUUCUGGACAAAGCGGAGGCGAUGAAGUUCAGACAACGUCAAAUGCAGGAGAGAAAAAGAAGGUUAAGACUUUGAGAAGAAUUAUUGGUUCUCUCAAAAGGGCAAGAGGAGAAAAGGUAAGAGAACGGAGCAAUUCGGAGCCUUCUUCUUCUCAAGCUCCACAGAUUCUGGAGAGCAAGGAGCCUCGCCCUGAGACGACCAUGUCCUCGGACGGGAAGGAAAUUACGAAGACGCAGCAGAUAUAUGAUGACAAGAAGUCGCGAAGGGAGCAAAGAAGAAGCCUCCGCGAGAGUGGGGACUUCCUGGGCGUCCAAGGUGCAAAUCCAAGAACAGGGUAUUGGGACAUCAGUGAUGCAACAAGCAGCAGUGAACCCAGUCAGAUCAGCGAAACUACCAAGCUCAAACUUGAUCUACAAGCCAUAGAGUUAACUGAGCAGAAGAAGAGGUAUGAAGAGGCCCAAAAAUCACACCAAGAAGAGUUGGUGAGAAUCCAAACAUUGAAGGAGUUGAAGAAAGAGAAGGGGGAGCAGAAGAGGACGGAGUUGAAGAUGAGACAGAGGAGACACGGGAAGUGGAGAGUGAGCGAGAAUGGCUGGAGCAGCGUCGCCGAGCCAGAGUUGAGCCCGAUCCAGCAAUCGGCGGCUAGCACUCCCAUCGCUAAACUUGCUCCUGGUGACCGCCUCUUUCCAAUGCCCUGUGCAGCAGACCCGAAUCCAUAUGUGAACACUCCUAUCAAGCAAGGCGACUAUUUCGGCCACCGCGCAGUCUCUUCGCCACUUUCACUACAACGGCUCGGCCAACGCACUGAUGUAUCUUCCUUUACGACUCGAAGCAUAUCCAUACCACGAAAGCCGAUUGGGUCGCCCAGUCGUCAACGCAACGAAGAAUCUUCAGAGACCAUCGUCCAUAAUCAUGGUCGCCCAUCUCCUAUUCCAGUCCCAAAGCCCCUCCCCGGUAAAGAGACAAUCGUCCAUAAUCAUGGUCACCCAUCUCCUGAUUUAGCCCAAAAGUCAGUCCCAGGAAAAGUGCAACAGCCUCAAUCUGGCUUAGCUGUCGAUCUGGUCUUGGCUACACCUGAACUGAACAGGAGCGCUGCCCGAUCAACACAGCUUCCUUUUUUAGGAAAAGAAGCCCCUAUAUUCAAAGCAGCAGGCCUGCUCGAAAGAAAAGCUACAGCGAUCUCAUUCCGGUCGGUUUCGAUGAAACAAGUCGUGAUCCACCCCCCGUUGGCCCGAAGCCCCAGCAUUCGCCGUAUCAUUUCCCUGAACGAACUACCGCCGGUGUCUCUGAAAGAUCCCAUCGCGGCCAGGAUCCCGUCGAGUUACCAAACACCGAAGGGGCUUCCCACUGCCUGGGCACCACCAACAAUUAUCAAAACAGAGCCGGACAAAGUAGCAUCGUUCAUCAACACAUCCACCAUCACCACUACUGGGUGCGCUCCUCUUCCGCUCCUCCCAGGACAAGUGGACGGAGCGAACGACAUCCGAAGCGACACUCCAUCGAGACGGCAGUGUUUUCAUCACCAAAUUACUCAGAUUCCUCUACGAACAAGCUCCCAUCAGAGGCAAAGAUCGAGAGGAACGCACAAGACAGUGUCCCAAACUCAUCCAGCAGACAUCGUCAUAUCAUCGGAACACCAGCUCGGUUUGACAAAAGAACGGAGCAUAAAGUUAUGUCAGAGAACUUCUCCAGGGGUCGAGAAGGCAGAACUGAAGAGCACACCCAUAUCCAUAUCUACGUGCCCUCAAAGCCCGGAGAAGCAGAAGGAGGCGGCUCAAAGCGCCGCUCUGCUAGCGUUUCAACAACUGAGACGCCGAGCAGCAAUCAAGAAGACGGAAGGUCAGACCGGAGGACAACUCACUCCUCCGAAGAUAAGAAGGCAGAGGGUGGAAGAAUCGAAAGAGACCAACACGAGAGGGGCUCACAAAUUAGCCCAAGGCGAAAACGUAGACACAGGGCAUCCUUCAGAGACUAGAGGGGAGCAGGGAAAGGGAGGGUGGAAAGCGACACAACCCAGCCCUGUUGCUGCAAGGGCAAUAACGUCGAGGAAUGCGGCAGGCGACAAGCUUGCAGUUUGGCAUCCAGAGCCGAGUGCGGAGAAAGGGGUGGGGGAGACGGGGAAGCAGGGUGCACACAUGAAGGCGAUAGUGCUGCAUCAGAGACGCGGUGUUUCUUCAGGAAGAGGGCUUCCGACACCGGGUCGACCCCCUCAAUCAAUUGGACAGGUUGUCAUUGGCAUGGCACAAAACGGCUGGCUCGUAGUCGAACCAGUAUUCGAUCCCGAGUCCGGCAUCAGGAGGAGAUUUGAGCGACAACGCCUAACUUGGCAGGACGUGGGUUUGUUUGUUGCCGCGGCGAUGUUCAUGACGGGCACGUUUCUGGCAACGGUUGUUUUUGCGCGGGUCAUGGGGCUCGGAUUGCAGGCCGUGAAGGCUUUGGGGCCUGUAUUUUGGCUCUUUACUGUGUUCUAA